AUGUCUCCAUUUGCUAUCUUCUCCUGGAGCAUUAUAGGCAUUUUGUGGAUUGUUUCCCUUUCAGGGAAUGGAUUUAUCUUCAUUGCGACUGUGUUGCAAUGGCUCCAGAAGAGGAAGCUGUCACCUUGUGAUUUCCUCCUGACCUGUUUGAGUGUCUCUAGAUUACUAACACAGUUGGAUUGCAUGGUCAUCUAUUUUACUCAUCUCUUUAAAUUUUCAGGUAGAAGAAAUAUGCUCUAUUUCUUCUGGGUCUUUUUUGAUAUGGCCAGUCUCUGGUGUGUCUCGUGGCAAAGCAUUUUCUACUGUGUGAAGGUCAUCAACUUUCCCAAUUCUUUCCUCCUUUGGCUAAAGUUAAGGAUCGAUCUGCUUCUCUCCAGACUACUUGGCAUAUCGAUGGUCAUUUUCAUGGUCUCUUCUCUUCCUUCAACCAUCACAUUUUUCAAAUACAAAGAACCAUGUAAUCAGACUGUAACACCACUAAGUAUCGAGGAAGCAGAUCGCAAUAUGUGGUUUAGUUUUUUUCCAGUGCAGUUAACUUUCACUUGCAUAAAUUUCAUCAUUAACAUAGCAGCAACCCUUCUUUUGCUCAUCUCCUUGUGGAGGCAUGUGAGAAACCUCAGAAAGAAUGGUACUAGUGUUCAGGACCUCAACACUCAAGUCCACCUCAAAGUCAUGAGGCCUUUGUUGAUCACUCUCUUCUUCUACCUUUUAUUUAUUGCUAGUGUGAUAAACCUGGUAAGUGACUUUUCCCACUUUCGAACAGAGUUAUCACUGAUUACAGAGAUAAUAUUGUCCAUAUUUCCUUCAGGACAUUCCAUAAUAUUAAUAUGGACAAAUCCAAAACUCAAAGAAAUGGCUGCUCACAUGCUAAACAUCAGACAAAGAGCUUAG